UGUCUGUUUAAAGUUUUAAAACAGGACAGUGAUAGCAUUAUCUUUCAAACGUUUUAUCUACCAUGACCACUAUGUAAAUUUUGAUAGUAGUAAUAAUAGUGAAAAAAUGUUGAGAUUUGCAAGAGUAAAAUGGCUCCACCGUGUGUCCUGUAAUCUCCAGAAGAUGCAGACCAAUGAGAAGUUGUUUGUGGGGAGGAUGUUCUCUGUCCAGGACUCCCUCCCCAAACUCCCUGUCCCUGCCCUAGAUCAGACCCUCCAGAAAUACCUGCGCUCAGUGCGACCUUUGUUGACAGACGAAGAGUAUGCAAAAACUGAAAAGUUAGUUGAAGACUUUAACCGAGAUCCAGGUCCUAAACUGCAGACACUGCUGGAGAAACGGGCUCAAAGAGAGACAAACUGGCUGUCCGACUGGUGGACCAAUGUUGCCUACCUGGAGUUCCGUCAGCCGGUGACAGUCAACGUCAGUCCGGGAGUGGUGUUCCCCAAACAGAACUACACGGACAAAGAGGGACAACUCAGGUUUACAGCGAAGCUGAUCUCUGGACUUUUAGACUACAAAAAAAUGAUAGACCAACAGACCCUUCCAGUGGAGAAGAUGGGCAAGCAGUCACUGUGUAUGAUGCAGUACUACAAGAUCCUCUGUGGCUGUCGCAUCCCCGGCAAGAAGAAGGACACGUGGGUGUGUUACCCCCCAGAUGAGGCCAACCCCCCGAGGCACCUAGUGAUUGCCCAUAACAAUGCUUUCUUUUUCUUGGAGUGUUAUGGCAGUGACAACCAGCCCCUGGGUACUGAACAAAUCUAUGAACAGCUAAAGAAUAUCGUGAACCAGUCAAAUGAAUCCGAUAUUCCAGUUGGUCUUCUGACCACAGAGAACAGAAACAAGUGGGCUAAGGCUUACGAACUCCUCGCUAAAGACAAAGAAAGUAAAGCUUCCCUAGAGAUUCUGCAGCGCAGUAUAUGUGUGAUAUGUAUAGACAACAAACUGCCCGAGAGUGCUCCUGGGGAGGAGGACAGCACAGCAGCCAAAAUGAUGCUUCAUGGAGGAGGGAGUCAAUUCAACUCAGCCAACCGCUGGUUUGACAAAACACUACAGUUUAUUGUAGGGCUGAAUGGCGUCUGUGGGUUAAACUAUGAACACACCACAGCAGAGGGGCCACCCAUUAUAUCCAUUGUGGAUCAUGUUCUGGAUUACUGCAGUAAAAAUGCAGACAAUUCCACAAAGGCCCCAGGUGUCAUACCUCCAAGAAAGCUGAAAUUUAACCUCUCCUUCCCCGCAUUAAAGGAAAACUUAGAGGAAGCAGCAGAAAACUUAGACUCCAUGGUGAAAGAUGUAGAUUUAACUGUGUUUAAAUUCACCGAGUAUGGGAAGAACUUCCCCAAGAGCCAGAAACUGAGUCCAGAUAGCUAUCUCCAGAUGGCUUUCCAGUUGGCCUAUUUCAGGUUGUAUUCCAAGCCAUGUGCUACUUAUGAGACGGCAUCGUUGCGACAGUUUCAGCUUGGUAGGACAGACACCAUUAGGUCAUGCUCCAUUGAAUCCUUAGAGUUCUCGAAAGGAAUGAUGGACCCUUCCCUGUCCAAGCAGAAGAAAGCGGAGCUCUUAAGGAAGGCAGUAACUGGGCAUAAAAACUACGUGGCAGAGGCAGUGAAAGGACAAGGGAUUGACAGGCAUUUGCUGGGACUCAAAUUGAUUGCCCUGGAGAACAAUAUGAAAGUGCCAGCCCUACACAUGGAUGUGGCCUAUUCCCUCAGCUCCCACCAUAAUGUUUCCACUAGUCAGGUACCAGCCAAGUACGAGGCUUGCCUGGUGUUCGGCCCCACUGUUCCUGAUGGUUAUGGUGUGUGUUACAAUCCCCAAGAAAAACAAGUCAUCUUAGGCGUUUCUGCCUUCAACUGCUGCCCAGACACUGAUUCUAAGAGAUUUAAAGACUCAAUCCAGCAGUCUUUAUUGGACAUGAAAUCUGUUUUAGAAGGAAGCAUUCAGUCAAAAUUAUAACAGUCUAUGUUGUUAACUUUUUGUAUGACAACACUAUGAAGUAUAUACAUAGAAAUGCAUGCUCUCAGGUCAAAAAAUUGCAUGUUUUAGUUGUGAAUGCUGAUGCUGUGAUGAAAAAAUGGAGUGAUUAUUCAAUGUUAUGAAUGUUUUAGAAUCAGUUAAACUGCUUGACCUGUAGACAUAUCAACUCUGGUGCUGCAUAUGGUGUUUUUUCCCCUACUAUUUAGAUUACAAUUUGUAUCUUAAAGAUGUUAUAUGGCACCCUUUUUAACGAUAGUUUGCUUUUCAUAACAAUCAAUGUUAAAUUGUUUAGUAAAUUGGAUAAAUCCAUAUUAUGUACAUGACUGUAGGUAUAUGUACACUUUGAAUGAGCUCCCCCUAGCCCAUUUAUCUUUGUGCUUCAAUAGACUUUUUAAAGCAUUAUAAAUACCUCCACAAAUUAUUUUAAGACGUGAAGAUAGCCUUAUCUAAAAGUCCCCCUUUGUAAUAUCAGUACAGACAAAAGAAGCCAAUCUAGUUGAAGCUUUAAGCCAAUUGGUUGGACAUAUGCAAGGCUUCAUAUUGUUGCUUUGUGUGUGCGUUUGUGUGUGUACAUUGGUAUUUUUAAUUGAUGAAACAUGUAUUGUUAGAAAUACAUGUUUAUAUUAAAACAAUUGAAAGGGGCUAUUUGAAUGGCUUGAAAAAAAAGGUUUGAUCAAUGGUGCCUACGUCACAUUUUAAAAGAUUACCGGUAGCUUAAAAAAUGUAUCAAUAUUCUUGGAAAGAAUUUAAUAGCAACCUAUUUGGUUCUUGUAUUAACUGGGUUGGAGCAGUUUAUGUUUUUUGAUAAACUGCAUGGAGUCAGCUGCCCCAUAAACCCUUUACAAAUCCAUUUGAUAAAAGAUAGCUAGGUCAAUUGUUUGCAAUAUUUUUGUAGUAAAUGUGUGACAUACAUUAUUGAACUUGCAUGCACAGUUUUGAUGCAGAGGAAUGAUUGACCUAUAAUUAACUGACAAUAUGAUUGUGCAUUUUAUAAGACUUUACCUUCUGAAUAAAUGUUUUUCAGUGUAUCAUUCCGUAGCUGUGAUUACUUAAGUUAUGCAUUGGUUGUUUGCAAUAAACCAAUACAUAUUAAUACA